GUGCUAAACUUAAUAAUGGUAAAAAGUUAUAUAUCCCCCCUCGUGGAGUCGCCGUCGAGAAGCCGCCAUUCCAUUCCAUUCCUUCAAAACGAGGACGAGCCCGCCGCCGGUGCCGUCCCUUCUUCCCCCGCGCAGCCACUCACAGCCACAAGCCACCUGCUCCGCGUCGGAUCUACAGCGAGCGAGCGAGCGUCACCCGGGGCUCUCGUCGCCGUCGCCGUCGCCGUCACCAACCCGUCGUCUUCUUGCCUGCGAAGUCAAGUCUCCUCCCAAAGUCACCACCACAGAAAAUUCCAACCCAACCACUUCCGCUCCGCGGGCGGGCCAGCUGCUGCCCUCCCCGCUUUAUUAAGACCGUCCGCCACGGCGACUCCGACGACUCCCCCCGCGGCCUCCCCCGCCAGCUCCCCCUCGCCGCCGACCAUCCACGCCUCCAAGCGCCGCCGCCGCCGCGGGACCGAGACCGAAGCCACGGGGAACUCGCCGCUGCGGGGCGGCGGGGGCUCCGCCUCCGCCUCCGCCCCUCGCUCCUCCUCGUCGCCGCCUGCGGGGGCUCCUCCUCUCUCUCUGCCGCCGCCGGGGUUUGACCCGCUCGACCCUGACGCUGACCCGCCCCCCAAGCCGCCGCUCACGCCCGUCGAGGUGAGGCACUGCAAGAAGGCGCUCAAGGCGCUCGAGAAUAAGCUCGGGAAGCCCGCUAAGCUUGCCAAGGAGUUCUACAGCCUCCCGGAUAUAAGAACAGAGCUUCAGUCAGCACAAAAAUUUAGUGUUGCUCGGAAACAAGAAAAUAGGGGAAGAAACCGCUACACUGAUGUGUUGCCAUUUGAUCGAACCAGGGUACGGUUACAGUCUUCAACAGGCAAUGAUUACAUCAAUGCCAGCCAUAUAGAGAUUGCUGGCAGAAAUCUAACAAAGUUCAUUUCCACUCAAGGACCGCUAGCCAAUACAAUUGAAAAUUUUUGGCAGAUGGUAUAUGAUAAUCACUGCCCUGUGAUUGUUAUGCUCACCAAAUUUGAUGGUCUUAAGUGUGAUGAGUAUCUACCAUUGAGCAAGGGAGAGGAUAUUUUUGGAAAAUUUACCAUUAAGAUCACAAAGUUCAGGAAAGAUGGUCAAUUAGUGUUGCGUGGUGUUGAGAUUCGACGGGAUGAGUCAGAUGAAGUGCGAUCUCUUCUCCACAUUGAGUAUCCUGAGUGGCCUGACCAUGGGGUGCCAAAUGGCAGUGCUGAUGUAAGAAGGAUUCUAAAAAGAUUGUAUCACAUUCCAAGAGAAUGGCCAAUAGUUGCACAUUGCAGCGCAGGCAUUGGAAGAACAGGUGCUUAUAUCACCAUCCAUAAUACAAUAGAGAGAAUUUUACGUGGAGAACAGGAGGCUGUCGAUCUUGUUGAAACUGUCAAAAAAUUUAGAUCACAGCGACCUGGAAUGGUCCAAACAGAGGAACAAUACAAGUGUUGCCACCAGGCAAUCAGAGAUGAAUUGAAAGAUCUUGUAUCGAGUUCAAAACAUUGAGCCACUUUUGAGGAAUGAGUAGCGCCAGCAGUGAUGUUGUACUGAUGUAUCUGACAGCGUGAUGCCUCAUUCCUUGCUCCAUUCUUCAAGCUUACUAAGAGCCUUCAUGUACAACAUGAAGUUUGAAAUGAGUGAAGCCUUUCUAACAUUCCCUGGUCAAGUAUUUGGGGUUUGAUGGAUUUGUCCAACCUUCUGUGAUCUAACAUUUCCCGGAUGACAUAAAAGAUCGGCACAUUGUAUCACUCUCUCUCCCCCCUGAAUUAGAGUUUACAAGAUGUUAGGAUAUCAAUAUUGAUUGUGGCAUCGCCCACCAGAUUGUAUUUUUGGUUAAUGGUGUAUGCAUGAAAUAUAGUGCACAUGAAGGAUAUGAUAUUGGUGUGCUGUGGAGGGAAAGAUUGACGUGCGCACUAUUCAGUCAAUUAUUCAGGUAUGGUCCAUUGUUGCUUGUUGGUGACUUGGUGUAACAAGUUCGGUAUCACAAGGUUUGUGUGUUGAAGAGGGGUUUUGGUCAA